CGCAAGAAUGACCGCACCUCUUGACAGGGCCAUUCUUGGGCACCGUACAAAAUUGCAUCAGCCAAACGGAAUUACACCCACGUAGUCCAUGCUACUUUGACAAGCCCUCGUUGGAUAGGAAUGAACUGCACUAUCAUUGGAUUUUCCGAUUAUUGCACUUACACGUGGAAAAUGGCAGCGCCCACAGAUGCUAAGAAGAGGAACCAACCCCUCUGGGAACCUCCUAGUGGAGAUGGCUGCCCUAAGCUUCACCUGUACAACAGCCUGACAAGGCGGAAGGAACCAUUUGUGCCACAGGAGGGCAAGAAAGUGGCAUGGUAUAGUUGUGGUCCAACGGUGUAUGAUGCCUCUCAUAUGGGACAUGCUAGGUCAUACAUUUCAUUUGACAUCUUGCGGCGUGUCCUGACAUACUACUUUGAUUAUGACAUUCUCUAUGUCAUGAACAUCACGGACAUUGAUGACAAGAUCAUCAAGAGAGGGCGCACUAACUAUUUGAUGGAGCGUUACCUGCAGGAGGCAUUGAGCCCAGAGCAACGUCUGAAGGAUGUCCAAGAAGCAAUGAAGAUCUUUCAGAGUAAGCAUGACAGGGAGACAAACCUAGACAAAAAACAGAUGUAUGCUGGCAUUGUCAAGGCAACAACCACAGCUGCUGAUGCUCUACAGAGCACCCUCAAUAGUCAGAAAGAUGAGAGUGAGAUUGACCAAAAUACAAAGGCAAUGCUCGAGGCAGCAAGAGACCCACUCAGUGAUUGGCUGGACGCAGAGCAUGGCAGUCAAGUCAAAGAUAAAUCCAUCUUUUUCAAGUUGACUCAACACUGGGAGAGAGAAUACCACCAAGACAUGGAAGCGCUCAAUGUCUUGCCUGCAGAUGUUCUAACCAGAGUCAGCGAGUACGUUCCAGAAGUCAUUGCUUUCACACAAAAGAUUAUUGACAACGGCUUCGGAUAUGAAUCCAAUGGAUCUGUGUAUUUCACCACUUCCAAAUUUGACAACGAUCCCAAUCAUCACUAUGCAAAGCUGGUUCCCGAAGCGUAUGGGGACCAGGAAGCAUUGAAGGAGGGGGAGGGUGAUCUCUGCAUAUCCCAGGACCGACUAAGUGAGAAGAGAUCACCAAAUGACUUUGCCCUGUGGAAGGCCUCCAAGCCGGGAGAGCCUGCUUGGGAUUCACCGUGGGGGCAGGGUCGACCUGGUUGGCACAUUGAGUGCUCUGUUAUGGCUAGCAGUAUACUAGGAGGAUCCAUGGACAUACACACCGGAGGAGUAGACUUGAAGUUUCCUCAUCAUGACAAUGAACUUGCUCAAGCAGAGGCCCACUAUUCCAAUGACCACUGGGUCCGCUACUUCCUCCACUCUGGCCACUUGACCAUCGCCGGUUGUAAGAUGUCCAAGUCUCUCAAAAACUUCAUCUCCAUUAAGGAUGCCUUGAAGCAGUACACCUCUCGGCAGAUACGCAUGGUGUUCCUACUUCACUCCUGGAAGGACACUCUAGACUACUCGGCAGACACCAUGGAUGUCGCAGUGCAAUAUGAGAAGACAGUUAAUGAGUUCUUCCUGAAUGUGAAAGCUAUACUACGUAGUACUCCCUCCAACGGCCCUGAGGCAUUUGAGAAAUGGAAUGAGCCAGAAUUGAAUUUGAACCAACAGUUUCAGACCUGCAGGUCAAAGGUCAAUGAGGCCCUGUGUGACUCCAUUGACACCAAGACAGCGAUGGAGUCUAUGCGAGCUCUGAUUGGCCAGUGCAAUGUGUACAUACAGGACAGGCGGACUGUUAAGGCCACACCCAACAGGAUGUUGCUACAGAAUGCUGCCGUCUUUAUCACAAAGAUGCUGAGGGUGUUUGGUGCAAUAGAAGGUGAUGAACCCAUUGGCUUUCCAUUAAGUGGGGCUACGCAAAAUGCUAAUGUUGAAGAGACUGUCAUGCCCUAUCUGCAAGUCUUGUCAGAGUUUAGAGAAAAGGUCAGGCAAACUGCAAGGCAGCAGAAAGCUGUGGAUAUAUUGAAGUUGUGUGAUGCUUUGCGAGAUGACAUCUUGCCAGACCUAGGUGUAAGACUAGAGGAUAGAGAUGAGGGGGCAGCGGUGGUCAAACUGGUGGACAGAGAAACAAUAAUGCGAGAAAGACAACUUGCUAAGCAGCAAGCCGAGGAGAAGCAAAGGAAGAAAGAGGAAGCUAAGAGGAAAGAGCAAGAGAAACAGGCAGCCAAGGAUGCCCAGAGACGCAUUCCUCCAUCACAGAUGUUCCUCCAGGAAACUUCCAAAUAUUCCUCCUUUGAUGAGAAGGGAAUGCCAACCCACGAUGCAGAGGGGAAGGAGCUAAGUGGAAAACAGCUUAAGAAACUUGCCAAGUUGUACCAAGCACAAGAGAAACUCCACAGUGAGUACCUCAAGAUGUGUGGGAUGACCCCAAGUACUGAUUAAGCAGCAACAGCGACGGGCGUAUCUCAAUGAUGAAUUUUUUCUGUAAUUUUUUUUUUCAAAUUCAAAAUCAUAAUACCAAAAAUGUGCUGUUGAGAAUGCUUGUUAUUGAUUUUCUACAUUGGCGCUUCUGGUGCAGUGAUGGCAUCAGAAGUGCCCAAUGGCUGCCAUCUUCCAAGAUGGUUUGUAAUCACUAGUUGAACCGCAUAACUGAUUGAUUUGUUUCAUGAACAUUGGUUCAGAGUACUUUUUGUGUCUUGCAAUAGGAUAUUAACCUCUCACCAGAAACCACUUAGUGAACCAAAAAACCUUCAAAGACCAUCUUACAACUCUGGUUAGGACCGUGGUGCAAUAGUACUAUUGUAAAUACUCUGAACCCAAUUUCAUUAAUUCUUGAACUGCUCUUAACUGUAUUCUUCUUCGAUGUCUUAAACUCUGUACAGAGUAGGAAAAUGUCUACUGUUGCUAUCAACAAUUUCACUGGCUACAGAAUACUAUCACCUUUUGAAAUAAGAUGGCCAGUUAUGCUGUAUGUGCCAUGUUUCAUCUUGCUUAAGCAGAGAGACUGAAGGACAUGAAAGAACAACUUUAACAAAAACAAACUCUAACAAUAUUUAUGUAUCUACGAAAUAGAAGCUUAUUGGCACAUUUAAUAUAUUUUACUUGAUGCAUUCUUUGACUUUUCAAGCUUAUGUAGAGCAUAAAAUUCUGUUCUUCCAUUUUAUGUCAUCGGGUGUUUCAUGGGAAUAUAUCUCUUAUUUCUUUAUCCUGACAUCGACCUUUGUGAGCUUUCUGCCCUAGUUUGGUAAUGUGAAGAAGCCAUAUCGUUAAAGAGAGCAGUGUAAAGUUACGUAUUUGUGAUUUUGUGUACUCAUAAAACCUCACGAUGACAGUCA